AUGGAUGCUAGUAGGAAAAAUGUGCCCGGCUUUCCCCGUCUUCCACGGUGUGCCACGGUAUCGCUCACUGCGAAAGAUGGCUCGGGUUUUAGGUAUAGGGAGGCGAUGUCGGUGUUCAGCAGAGAGAUCAAACUCUUCGACCUUGACAUCGCGGAGGUUAGACCGAGGAAGGCGAUUACGGGGACUGUGAUCUUGGAGAUCGCCGGUCGGGGGAGAGGUCGAGAGAAGGCCUUGCUUAUGGCCGAGCGUAUGGCGGAUGUCUUCGGGAACACCCUCGUCAGGGUCGCCGUGCCUCAGAGAAUGGCAGAGUUAAGGAUAACCAAACAUUCAACUGGGAGAUGCUCGUUCAGCCCACAGCGCCCUAGCAGAAGGAGCGGAACUGAUCCAUCAGUCUUCCGAACUGACCAGGUGGCCGAGACAGCCCGCAACCUCAAGGGCACGCAGGUGAAGACGCUGAAAGAAGUGGCGACAUCCAUAGUCCUCGGGGUAACGGAGAUAGCUAAAAGGGCGGACCCCGCCUCUGGCGCCCUCGCGAUAAUGGAAGGACGCAUAGCGGCGUUGGAGGCGGAAAACGAUGCGCGUCGGAAGGAGCUGGCCUCGCGCUCCACGAUAGAGAAGAGCAGCGAGACAGCGCGCCUCGACGCGAUCGAACGCAAGAUAGAAGAACUGGGCCCUUCGCUGGUCCAACGGAUGGAGGAACGCAUCCAGUCCAUUGAGAAGAGAAUGGGAAAGGAGGCCGCCCCCGAAGAGACCACGAAAAGAGACCUGGAGGAGCCUGAAGCACCAGCCACAACAACGAGCGAGGAAGGACAACCGACCGCCGCGGAAUGGCAGACGGUCGCAGGAAGAAAGAAGAAGAAAAAGGAGGCAGCCGGAAUGCAACCGGCGAAAAUAACUCCCAGGAUAAGGGCAAAGAUCCCGGGGAAAGCCUUAGAGGAAGGAUCGGAGAACGACAGGUCGAGCCAAUCAUAUGCGGAGGUGUUGGCUGCGGCCAACGACAGCGUCUCGCUGGCCGAAGUCGGAAUCAGCGCCGUAAGAAUGCGCAAAGCAAUAACAGGAGGCGUCGUCCUGGAGGUCCCCAAGGACCAGAAAAGGGAGAAGGCCGCUGCGCUUGCAGCACGGCUGACUCAGACCCUGGAUCCAAGCAAGGUCCGCGUGGCGACACCCUUCCGAACUGCGGAAGCAAGGGUGACCUGGGCAGACAUUUCGGCCACUACGGGAGAUGUCAGAAACACCUCAGAAACACCUGGCGAAGGAGAGCGGCUGCAAGGCGGAGGACAUCCGACUGGGAGAGAUCCGCUUCGCUCGAAACGGCCUUGGAUCCGUAUGGGUACGAGGCCCGGCCGGGGCAGUGAGGAUACUGGCACAGGCUGGUACCUAGAGACUGGGCACAUAAGCAGGAUGUGCACCUCCAAGGAGGACAGGGAGUAUCUAUGUUACAGGUGCGGCGACCCAGGAUACCAAGCCAGAGCGUGCACAGCAGCGAACCCGAAAUGCCUGCUCUACGAGGCGCUCGGGGCACCAUCGACCAACUUGGGACGGUCGAGACGAGCACAAGUCCUACUCUACCAAACAGUACGAGAGAGCGCGGUCGCCCUGGCAGUAGUGGCCGAACCAUACAGAGUUCUGGAUGCCCCGGACUGGACCGGAGAUGCAGACGAAAUGGUAGCGGUCACCUGGACAUCAACGCCGGGGGCGCUCACACACGGAGUUCCGCUGGAGCGCGGGGACGGAUACGUCGCGGUCGAGUGGGCAGGAAUGGUGGUGGUGGGCGUGUACCUAUCACCCAACAGCGGAUGGGCAGCGUUCGAGAAGUUCCUGGACGGGGUUGGCGACUGCAUCAGACGGCACCUUCCCCGGCAGAUACUUGUGCUAGGAGACUUCAACGCGCACUCCGCGGAAUGGGGACACCCCAGGGUCAGACUGGGCCGCGGGACUUGGGCUACUGCUGGUGAACAGGAGCUCGACCAGCACCUGCGUGACAUGGAGGGGGAGGGCCGUCGUUGA